UUCCCAGAGAGCCUCCCCACGGGCUGACACUAACAGUGCCCGAUCCUGAGCUCUGAUUGCGGUGGGACGCUGGGGUGAGCGGUCUGCGUGUGUCUCAUCAUUCUUGCCCCACAACGAACCUAGAAGGGAUUAUAUUACAGACGCUCCCCGGCGCCGGGCAUGGGCACCGCCGCCGCCGCCGUCGUCCCUGGGCCGGAUUCCGCGCGCGGUGCCCCUGAGGUGCUCAACUGCAGGGGUUCGCAGGAGGCCACACCAUGAAUGACCGAAACAGCCGGAGGAGGACAGUGAAGAAGGACAGUGAGGCCUUCGAGAUUUCCAUCCCUUUCGAUGAGACACCCCACCUAGACCCACAGAUCUUUUACAGUCUGAGCCCCUCUCAGGGAAACUUGGAGGAGCCUCCGGAGGCUGCAUCCCCCACUGUGGCCCUGAUGCACGGUGUCAGGGCCCAGCUGCACAUGGCCCUGGAGAGGAACUCGUGGCUGCAGAAGCGCAUCGAGGACCUGGAGGAGGAGAGGGACUUCUUGAGGUGUCAGUUGGACAAGUUCAUCUCCUCUGCCCGCAUGGAUGCAGAGGACCACUGCCGGGUGAAGCCUGGGACCCGGCGGGUCGAGGGGGAUGGUCGAGGUGGGGCUGGGGGUGAGGCCUCAGACCCCGAGUCCGCUGCAUCCUCGCUCAGUGGAGCAUCUGAAGAAGGCAGUAAUGUCGAGCGGAAGAGGCAGAAGCAGAAAGGAGGCACGGGCCGGAGACGUUUCGGGAAGCCCAAGGCCCGGGAGCGGCAGCGAGUGAAGGACGCGGACGGUGUGCUCUGCCGCUACAAGAAAAUCCUAGGCACUUUCCAGAAGCUGAAGAGCAUGUCUCGGGCCUUCGAGCACCACCGAGUGGACCGCAACACCGUGGCGCUGACCACGCCCAUCGCGGAGCUGCUCAUCGUCGCCCCCGAGAAGCUGGCCGAGGUGGGCGAGUUCGACCCCUCCAAGGAGCGUCUGCUGGAAUACUCGCGCCGGUGCUUCCUGGCCCUGGACGACGAGACCCUGAAGAAGGUGCAGGCCCUCAAGAAGAGCAAGCUGCUGCUUCCCAUCACUUACCGCUUCAAGCGGUGAUCCCGCCCCAUCUGGCCCAGGACACACCCUCUGGCCCCCACUUCCCUCCUCUUCGGCCCCCCGGCACCCGGGCAAGUGUGUGCAUGAGUGGUGCACCCAUGACGAGGGCGUCGAGGGUGGGCGGCUUGUUUCUGCGCGUCCUCUCUCCUUCCCCUGCUGUGGACCGCCGUUCCCUCCCCAGGCUCCCUGUACAUAGAUCUGCCCCCUCUGCCUCCCACAUUCCUAGCGUCCUCCCCUUUCUCCGCAUUCCCGGGGUUGGGGGCGGUCCUCCUUUAGAAAAAGUUCCCAAGAACUAUCCAGGGGCCAGAUCCUACCCUUUCCUAAACACUGGUACCCCCUCCCACUUGAGCGGGACUGUCCUGCCCUCACAGGGCCCUUCCUCCUGGGAAAACUGCGGGACCCUGCGGGGCAGAGGGGCACUGUACACAUCCCGUCUCCGCCCCCGGACCCGAGGAGUGGCCGGCCCACCAGCCCGCCCUGCAAGGAGCUCCCCACCCGCAUUCCGGGACAGCCCUGAGUCCACGUGAGAGAGAAUUAUUAAGAGAAUUUAAAUUAAAAAGAGGUGAUAAAAUUUGGAAUAAA